UGGUAAAUUUAAUUCUGAUUGAAACAUACCCUUAGGUCUACUCUCUCUGAGCAGAAGGGGAAGAGACUCUGCAACUGAAUCUCCAAACCUCCAUGAGCAGACACUAAACUUAGCUAACCCAUCGAAGAAUCGAAGGCUAACAAUGACCCAUCUACAUAAACUUAGAAAAACUCCUAUUCUCAAUUGGGUUUCUUUGAAUUCUGCUGAUAGCUACAACAUCAUGUUAUGGUCUGGAGGGUCGUUAUUCUCCAUUGCAAGUAACCCUAGGUUUUAUAGGAGGAAAAGAGAUGUUCUUACUGAAAAUGCUGAUAAUUUGGGUGAAACUUUGAUAGAUGGUCGAAAAAUCUCUGAUGUCACUAGGAAAAAAGCCCAGGCUGCACUGUUUGAGUACUUGCAUUCCACUAGAAGCUUACAGUUUUUGGAUGCUGAGCAUAUGAGUAGAAACUCACCAAAUUUUCUCAAAAAGCUAUUACAAAAGGUUGAUACUGAGGCAGAUAUUGGGCGGUCUGUCACUCGUUUCUUGCGUUAUCAUCCUAUUAAUGAAUUUGAGCCUUUCUUUGAAAGUUCAGGUUUAAGACCGCAUGAGUAUAAGCAUUUUCUUCAGCGUGAUUUGAUGUUUUUGAGUGAUGAUGAUUUGCUGCUAGAGAAUUAUCAUAUUUUGUGUAACUAUGGGAUUCCAAGAAAUAAGAUAGGAAAGGUUUACAAGGAAGCAGGAGAACUUUUUCGUUAUGAUUAUGGGGUUUUAGCAAUGAAACUAAAAGCUUAUGAAGAACUGGGGCUUAACCAAUCUUUUAUGACUAAAAUGGUUGUUUAUUUCCCCUCCCUUUUGAUCGGGGAUGUGAAUACAGACUUUAUUAAGUCAUUGCAGAUAUUGAGGGAAGGGUCAAUUGAAUUUGGUUGGAUUGAGGAGCAGUUAUCUGAAAAUAUUUCUUAUAACUGGAGCCAUUUGCAUGCAAUUCUAUAUUUAUUUAGCAAGACAGGUUACAGUUAUGAACAGUUGGGUGUUCUGAUAAGCAAACAUCCAGGGAUUCUUUUUGAGGGUUCAGGGGAUAGGACAUUAUCACUAGUUGGGUUUUUAUUUAAAUUUGGAUCCUCAAUGAAACAGAUAUGUUCUCUGUUUCGACAGUUUCCACAAAUGCAAGUUGGGAAGUUUCUUAUGAAUUUGAGGCAAUGCUAUCUGUUCCUGACUGAGAUUGAGAUGGACAUAGUGGAGAUUGGGAAGAUUAUCCGCUCUCACUCCCUUUUUCUGGGUUCAUGUACAUUAAAGAAAACCAAUAGCUUGCUUACUUCUCUGAAUGUUGGAAAGAAGCGACUUUGCGAUAUCAUCCUGCAGAACCCGCAAGAAAUGAAGAACUGGGUAUUGGGAUCAAAAGUUGGACCAUUGCCAAAAUCACAAGAGAGGCUACGAUCAAAAACGCUGAAGACUAAGUUCUUACUGGACUUGGGAUUUGAAGAGAACUCGAAGGAAAUGGAAAAAGCACUCAAGGUUUUCCGAGGCCGAGGAGCAGAGCUCCAAGAGAGAUUUGAUUGUAUCAUGCGAGCUGGUUUGGAUAGGAAGGAUGUUUGUGAAAUGAUUAAAAUAUGCCCUCAAAUUCUUAAUCAGAAAAAAGAGGUAAUCAAAAUGAAGAUUGAUUGUAUUGUGAAUGAUUUGGGUUAUCCCAUAUCAUCAUUAGUCAUAUUUCCUGCAUUUCUUUGCUACACAAUACCAACUAUCAAGCUUAAGUUAGCAAUGUACAAUUGGCUCAAAGAUCAAGGAAAAGUUGACCCAACGCUUUCCUUGAGCACUGUAAUUGGGUGCUCAGAUAAAAUAUUUGUCAAGAGGUAUGUGGAAGUUCAUCCUAGAGGCCCUGAAGUAUGGCAGGAGUUGAAGAAAAAAAUUUGAUUCUGAAUGAAAGCUCUGAUGCUUGUUACUUGUACUUCAUGGUUUCUGCCUCAGAUAGAGAUGUGAAGAACUUUGAUUCUGUAUCUUUAACUGGCUGGAAGCCUGUUGAUGAGUUUCAGUUUGCUUAUUUUCUACGUUGCAUCAGCUUCAGCCCUCCCUGAGAAAUGGAUCAGUCCAUUAUACUUUGAGCAGUUAAUAACUGCGCCAAUUAAUGCAUUGAAAAUUAUUUAACAUGAUGGCACUAUGAUAUUUCUCCUUUAAUAUAAUUCAUUAUAGAGGCGUCUCCAUUUUUUUAUGGAAGAAA